UUUCUAUCAAUUUAUUUCCUUCACCAAAAAAAAAACAAAAAAAAAAUUAGAAUUUAGUACUUUUAUUUAAAACCAAAAAAAAAAAAACCAAAAAACAAAUAUUGGGAAUGGCUCCACCGGAGGCUGAGGUGGGUUCUGUAGUGGUGAUGGCUCCUCCAACGCCGGGAACUCCGGGAACACCGGGAGGACCGUUGAUCACGGGGAUGAGAGUGGAUUCAAUGUCGUUCGAUCAUCGGAAACCAACACCUCGAUGCAAAUGCUUGCCGGUGAUGGGAUCAACUUGGGGUCAACAUGACACAUGCUUCACCGAUUUUCCCUCUCCUGAUGUCUCCCUCACUCGCAAGCUUGGAGCCGAGUUCGUGGGAACAUUCAUCUUGAUAUUCACCGCGACAGCCGGUCCAAUCGUGGACCAGAAAUACAAUGGAGCAGAAACCCUAAUCGGUAACGCGGCAUGCGCAGGACUUGCAGUGAUGAUCAUAAUACUCUCAACGGGUCACAUCUCAGGGGCUCAUCUAAACCCCUCACUGACUAUAGCAUUCGCAGCUCUAAGGCACUUCCCUUGGGCUCACGUGCCUGCUUACAUAGCGGCUCAAGUCUCAGCUUCCAUUUGUGCUUCAUUUGCACUUAAAGGAGUGUUCCAUCCUUUUAUGUCCGGAGGUGUCACUGUUCCAUCUGUUGGCGUUGGACAAGCCUUUGCUCUUGAGUUCAUCAUCACUUUCAUUCUCCUCUUUGUUGUCACUGCCGUCGCUACCGACACUCGUGCCGUUGGAGAACUGGCAGGUAUAGCUGUUGGAGCCACGGUCAUGCUCAACAUUCUAGUCGCAGGGCCAUCGACUGGUGGAUCUAUGAAUCCCGUGAGGACUCUAGGACCAGCCGUUGCAUCAGGAAACUAUAGGUCACUUUGGGUUUAUCUGGUGGCUCCUACACUUGGUGCCAUAGCUGGUGCAGCCGUCUACACAGGUGUCAAACUUAACGAUAGCGAGACCGACCCGCCUCGUCAGGUUAGGAGCUUUCGUCGUUAAGUGAGUGAGAGACUUGUUUACAAGUCUUUUGCUUUGUAUGAUUAUGUAAUGAUAUGAAAAGCUUUGGAAGCUUGUGUGAAGAAUAAAAGGCGAUGUGACUAUAAGUCCACGCUUGGCAUCGGUUUAUAUAUAUCUGAUGCAAACUUGUCAAAUUAUGUCUGUGUAAUAAUACACUUUUAUGUGUGGUUUGGGUUUCUUUGUUGGUUUGCUGUUGUAUGUUACCUCGGUGACGAGGCUGUUUUUAUUAAUAAAAUCUAUUGUGUGUG